GCAUACCAAUGGCCUUGGGUUCGCCGCUGGAUCUCGACAUAUUCAUUGUUAAAGCGUGACACAAGCGUAACGUUUCAAAUGCAACCACCUAUCAAUAAAUCUCCAGGCAGAGUCACAGAUUGAAAAUCGAAACCCAUCAAACCCAAUUUCCCCCGGGGUCUCGCUCGCUCAGAUAGGACUGUAAAAAUGGCUGCGGAAUUGAGCAACAAGCAGGUGAUACUGAAGGACUAUGUCUCUGGUUUUCCUAAAGAAUCAGACUUGCCCUUCACAACUGGUUCUAAACAGCUGAAUGUACCACAAGGCUCCACUGGAGUUUUUGUCAAGAAUCUGUUCCUCUCUUGCGACCCUUACAUGAGAGGCCGAAUGUCCCCGAAGCGCCCUGGCGCUUAUUCUGACUCCUUCAUUCCCGGUUCGCCUAUUACUGGAUAUGGAGUAGCUAGAGUUUUGGAUUCAGGGCAUCCUGAUUUCAAGAAAGGCGACUUGGUUUGGGGAUUAACCGGAUGGGAAGAGUACAGUCUCAUUACUGCAACACAGGGUUUGUUUAAAGUCCAUGACACAGAUGUCCCCCUUUCUUACUAUACUGGAAUUCUCGGUAUGCCUGGUAUGACUGCUUAUGCUGGUUUUUAUGAGGUUUGCUCUCCUAAGAAAGGAGAGUAUGUCUUUGUUUCGGCGGCCUCUGGUGCAGUUGGUCAGCUUGUUGGGCAGUUUGCUAAGUUAUCUGGUUGCUAUGUUGUUGGAAGUGCUGGGAGCAAUGAAAAGGUUGAUUUGUUGAAGAAUAAGUUUGGUUUUGAUGAGGCUUUCAACUAUAAAGAAGAGCAAGACUUAGAUGCAGCUUUGAAAAGGUAUUUUCCAGAAGGCAUUGAUAUUUACUUUGAAAAUGUAGGUGGAAAGAUGCUUGAUGCAGUUCUACUCAACAUGAGGCUUCAUGGUCGCAUUGCUGUGUGUGGAAUGAUCUCCCAGUACAACCUUGGCCAGCCCGAGGGCAUUCAUAACUUGGCACAUUUAAUCUUGAAACGAAUUCGUAUGGAGGGAUUCCUUGUUAUCGAUUACUACCAUCUCUAUCAAAAGUAUUUGGAAAUGGUUCUGCCGCAGAUCAAAGCAGGAGAGAUAGUAUAUGUGGAGGACAUCGUCGAAGGCCUUGAGAAUGGUCCAGCUGCCUUGAUUGGUCUGUUCACUGGCCGUAAUGUUGGAAAACAGGUGGUGGUAGUUGCUCGUGAAUGAGUGUUACUAGAUGACUCCCUCCAUCAAUCUCUAUAAUAAGUUUGCAUUGCAUCUUUCUACAGAUUUGGUGCAGAAAUGUGUUGCUGAGACAUUUGCAAUGGCUAACACAAAUAUAUUUGUACUAAAUGGGUUUUCCUUCUCAUUGUUAAGUGAAUCAUAAAGCACUGCGGGGCUAUAUAUUUAAAGAAGAAGAAGAAGAAGCCAAUUAAACAGAUUUUUCGGUUUUAGUAUACCAA